AUGGUCACAGAGGUCUCGAAUGUCGUCUCACAAAACACCUCCGCCGCACCAGAAACCGCUUCGUGGCGUUUGGCGGCAUACAAUUGGGAUCAUCCUGCUCCUGGCCACUGUAGUUUUAUGGACAGCGUCAAAUUUUCUAGCAAGUGUAGGUUUCGUCGAGAUCGAAUAGCUGGUAGCAUACACUUACAACUUCACCUGCAGACAAUCUUUGCAGAUGAUAGCUACUCCAAACCAUACUUUGUCACUUAUGUCAAUUCAUCCUUCUUCUCUCUCUUGCUGCUACUGGUUGCUGCAAAGAGGCUGUGGGCAACCGGCGGAUCUAUAAAGGGCGCUAUUCGUGGACAUGAUCGGUCCACCCACUAUUUGCCUAUCGUUGAAGAGGAGGAGCAAGCCUUAUCAAGCCUGACGAUGACGGGAGGCAUUCAAGAAGCAAGCCGGUCACCGCGUAGCCGGUUACUGAUCGAAGAGCCAUCGAAGAGCUCCGGAUUCCUAGCCAAUUACUUCGUGGCAGCAUGUCUCGAAUAUACUACCGUCGCUAGCUCAACCAUAUUGACAUCAACGAGCAGUGUCUGGACUCUGAUUUUUGGUGCACUGCUCAGCGUAGAGGAGUUCACCAUAAAGAAACUUGUUGGCGUACUCGCUUCUCUGGCCGGCAUCAUAUUGAUCUCUAGCAUCGACAUAACUGGUAACCAAGACAAGAACCGGGGAUCUUUCCCCACAAGUCCCACAAAGAAAUCGCCAUUGGCGACGUCCUUGCUUUCACUAGCGCUGUCAUGUAUGGGAUCUACACUACUCUCAUGA